UUCCGUGCGGGGCGGAAGUGGGCGGUGCGGGCCCGUUCGGAGCCGCGCUGCGGGCGCGACCUGGUCGAGCUGGAGGCCGCGGGGGAUCGGAGUUCGGGCGGUCCCCGAGGUCUAGGGGAGCGGGCUUCAGGGGUGUCCGCGGCGGCGCCGGGGGAACGGAGUGGCGAUGGUGCUCCGAGCCAGGCGGCGGCUGGGGCCUCGGCCAUGUUUGCGGGGCUGCAGGACCUGGGUGUGGCCAACGGCGAGGACCUGAAGGAGACCCUGACCAAUUGCACCGAGCCGCUCAAAGCCAUCGAGCAAUUCCAGACGGAGAAUGGUGUGCUGCUGCCUUCCCUGCAGUCGGCCCUGCCCUUCUUGGACCUGCAUGGGACCCCACGGCUGGAGUUCCACCAGUCGGUGUUCGAUGAGCUGCGGGACAAGCUGCUGGAACGAGUGUCAGCCAUCGCUUCAGAGGGGAAGGCUGAGGAGAGGUACAAGAAGCUGGAAGACUUGCUGGAGAAGAGUUUUUCCCUGGUCAAGAUGCCCUCCCUGCAGCCAGUGGUGAUGUGUGUCAUGAAACACCUGCCAAAGGUUCCUGAGAAGAAGCUGAAGUUGGUGAUGGCUGACAAGGAGCUGUACCGCGCCUGUGCGGUGGAGGUGAAGCGGCAGAUCUGGCAGGACAACCAGGCACUCUUUGGAGAUGAGGUUUCCCCACUACUGAAGCAGUACAUACUGGAGAAGGAGAAUGCACUCUUCAGCACUGAACUCUCUGUCCUGCACAACUUCUUCAGUCCUUCCCCCAAGACCAGGCGCCAGGGUGAGGUGGUGCAGAAGCUGACACAGAUGGUCGGGAAGAAUGUGAAGCUGUAUGACAUGGUGCUGCAGUUCCUGCGCACGCUUUUCCUGCGCACCAGGAAUGUGCACUACUGUACAUUGCGGGCUGAGCUGCUCAUGUCCCUGCACGACCUUGACGUGGGCGACAUCUGCACUGUGGACCCCUGCCACAAGUUCACGUGGUGCCUGGAUGCCUGCAUUCGAGAGCGGUUUGUGGACAGCAAGAGAGCCCGGGAGCUGCAGGGAUUUCUUGAUGGUGUGAAGAAAGGGCAGGAGCAGGUCCUGGGAGACCUGUCUAUGAUCCUUUGUGACCCCUUCGCCAUUAACACGCUGUCACUGAGCACUAUCAGGCACCUGCAGGAGCUGGUCAGCCAGGAGAUGCUGCCCAGAGACAGCCCCGACCUCCUGCUGCUGCUCAGGCUGCUGGCGCUGGGCCAGGGUGCAUGGGACCUGAUAGACAGCCAGGUCUUCAAGGAGCCAAAGAUGGAGGUGGAGCUCAUCACCAAGUUCCUGCCGAUGCUCAUGUCCUUCGUGGUGGAUGACUACACGUUCAGUGUGGACCAGAAGCUUCCGGCAGAGGAGAAAGCGCCAAUCACGUACCCCAACACGCUUCCUGAAAGCUUUACCAAGUUCCUGCAGGAGCAGCGCAUGGCCUGUGAGGUAGGGCUGUAUUACGUCCUGCACAUCACCAAGCAGAGAAACAAGAAUGCAUUGCUGCGUCUGCUGCCCGGGCUGGUGGAGACCUUCGGUGACCUGGCCUUCAGUGAUAUCUUUCUCCACCUGCUCACCGGGAGCCUGGCUCUGCUGGCUGACGAGUUUGCCCUGGAAGAUUUCUGCAGCAGCCUCUUUGAAGGCUUCUUCCUUACUGCCUCACCCAGGAAGGAGAACGUGCACCGGCAUGUGCUGCGACUUCUGCUCCACCUGCAUGCCAGGGUGGCCCCAUCCAAGCUGGAGGCCCUGCAGAAGGCCCUGGAGCCCACAGGCCAGAGUGGAGAGGCUGUGAAGGAGCUCUACUCCCAGCUUGGAGAGAAGCUGGAACAGCUGGACCAUCGGAAGCCCAGCCCUGCACAGGCUGCUGAGACACCCACGCUGGAGCUGCCCCUGCCCAGCAUGCCUGCCCCAGCUGGGUUGUAGGCCUCGGGCUCUGUGGGAUCUGCAGGUUAGGGACCAGGCCCCAGUCAGCCAGGAAGGAAGCUUCUGGCCCAGUGAGCAGGGCCAGCCAAGGGCUAGACCCCGUGGGCAAGCGCCCCCUCCUCUGCUGCCCUCUACCCACCCAGAGCUGGUCCUGGCUUUUGCUGCCUACCAGGGCACCUGUUUGCCAACCCAGGACCGGGUACUUUGUUAUAGGCUCUGAGUUUCCAGCCUUCACAGAGGUGGGUGAUGAGGAGUUAGGCAGCAGGGAGAGCAGGGCUCAGCUGACUCCACUGUGGCACAGGCCCAAGGGUGGCGCUGUCCUGGCCAGAGCAGGGGUUGCUAGCUGUAGGGUCUGAAGAUCUACAGGCCCAUGUGCACUGUCCCCAUACCUGUGGCCCUGCAGGCAGCACCCCUUCCUCCACAGUGCCCACCUCAGUUUCCUCAUGACAGCUGCUUGCUGCAGUUUGACCCUGGGCAGGGGCAGUGCAUGCUGGGAGGCCUCCACAUAUGUAAAUAAAGACAUUUUGGUAAA